AUGUCCCUUUCUGGGUGUGUUGGCGUAACCGUGUUAUAUUUGAUAAAUCUCCCCUGUUCGGCAAUGCUCAGCAGCACUCCGCACGGUGGCGAAGCAUCGUCUGAGCUCUCUGAAACACGCUUGUACAGCUCAAAAAACUUUGGUAGCUCAACAAAGCCACAUCAUCGACCGUUCUUUCUGUUCCGACCAUUCCAGGAAUUUUUUAUCAUGCUCCGCACUGGACUCUUCGGCCCACCUUCACCUGCCAGACGCGCUUCCUCCGCUUUUUGGACCGAAGCAAUGUCGAAGUACGUGAGGAUCCCGCAAUCACCGCUCCGCCUAUCCAGCG